AUGAGAUCCCCUCCCCGGCUAAACUUCAUCUUCAACAUCACCACCGCUGAACUUCAGCUUCCACACUCCCGCCGCCGCCGGACUUUCUCACUAGACUUCCGCCGCCCGCUGCCAUACACCAAGCCGAUCCCGUUGCUAGAUACCGACAGUACCUCCGCCAUGUCCGCUUUCCUCGGUCAUCGCCGGCAACCAGAUUCUGUGGCCCCUGUCGGAAUCCGCCCCGCUACCACCUAUGCCUCGUCUUCUCCACAUAGGCGGCCCCGUGCAAGUCGGAUAUUGAGCCGACGAAAUAAUCCCCAGAAUUCAUUGGCAUCUGGGAAUGAAUACGCCGCCGUCGGACGGGAAAUGUAA